AUGCGUGCGGGACAGCUGGCCCUCAAGGCACCUGCAGGCCCCGCAGACCUUCAGGACUUUGCAGGGGAAACCCUGACGUGGUGUUUGUGGGUGUUGCUUUGUUGUUUUGAUGCCAUCGGUUUCCCGGGCGAAGAUCGAAGUACAGAUGAUCUGGGGUCAAGUUUCGAAGCACAGCUAGGAAGGCUGUACAGUUUCGGUGUUGCAUCCGCGGCACCUCCCUUCCUCAGCACAGGGAAGGGAAACGAUGGUGGCCUCCAAACGGGGACCUUUGAAAGGGGUCCCAUUCUGGAGAGCCAUCGUUUUGUGAUGGUGGAGUCUCUGUCCAUGAUCUUUCAACGUGCUUGCGAAUUUCUACUGAUCGGUGUGGCCGUUUUGGUGGCCAGCAGCUUUGGUCUGGAGGGCUUGCAAGGCCUGGGUCCAGUGGCCGUGAGCGCGUGGCUGGCGGCCGAAUCCUUGUUACAUCCAUACAGUGUGGCCACCACCACCAUUUUGCAUUGCUGUUUGUUGGACAAGGACGCCCCUCAGGAGGGUAAGGUUCCCCCCGAAGCUGUGCAACUUCAGCGAACAAUGGAAGAACUCAGCGGAACAGAUGGAUCCUUUGUGCAACACUACCGCUGA